AUGCAAUCAACUGGAUUCAAAGGAAACCACGAACACGCUGAUUACAUCGUAACUGGAGCAUGGUCCUCAAAAGCAGCUGAAGAAGCUGAAAAGUAUAUUAAAGUGAAGAAAGUCUUCCAACCAUCAAAACCAUAUGUGACAGUACCAGAUCAAGAGAAAUGGACACAUGAUGAGAAGGCUGCAUAUUUGUAUUACUGUGCAAACGAAACUGUACACGGAAUCGAAUUCACACCGACUGCACCAGAAUCUCAUAAUGUUCCACUGAUUGCUGAUGUUUCAGCAAACUUCAUGGCUCGUCCAUUCGAUUUCAAGGAUCACGGUGUUGUAUUCGGUGGAGCUCAAAAGAAUCUUGGUGCCGCUGGUCUUAAAAUCGUAAUUGUUAGAAAAGACUUGAUCGGAAAAAAACAAGGAAUCACUCCAGCUGUUUUCAGUUAUAAAGAAAUAAUUGCUAACAACAGCUUGUAUAAUACACCACCUACUGGAGGAAUCUACACUACUAAUCUUGUCUUGAAAUGGAUUAAAGCUAAAGGAGGACUUCAAGCAAUUUAUGAAUUGAAUCUCAAAAAGUCUGGAUUGAUCUAUGGAAUCAUUGACAAUUCCAAUGGAUUCUAUCAUUGUGCUGUUGAUAAGAGAUACCGUAGUAUCAUGAAUGUUUGCUUCCGAAUCGGUGGAGCAUCUGGAAACGAUGAAUUGGAGGAGAAGUUCUUGAAAGGAGCCAUUGAAAGGAACAUGAUCAGUUUGAAAGGACAUCGAUCAGUCGGUGAAAUCCGUGCUUCACUUUAUAACGCCAUCACAUUAGAAGAGACUCAAGUUCUUGCCACGUGGAUGAAUGAGUUCGAGAAACAAUACAACACUAAUUAA